CCUUAGUAGAUAAAUUACAAGGCGUGCACCUGAGAAUACUAGUGUUAAAUAAUAUUGAGGCUUUAUUUAGGCGUGUUGUUAUAUUUUAUCCUGUACACAACAGAAUGCGGUGCGGACGUUAUCUCGUGACGGUCAUAUUGUCUGUAUUAUCAAUCCUUUCUGAACACGGCUUGAUGGGCACAGCGAAUGGAACGUCAAUAGAAUGCGCCUCCGACUCAGAUUUCACCUUCAAAUUUUAUAGCAAAAUUUGCGCGAAAUCGAUAACGAUUGCAGAAUGUGAUUUGGGGAAAGAAGAAUGCAUGAUGUUGGCAACCACUCACGAAAACAAGUACAGCGUUAUGUACACUAGACGUGGCGGCGUUCUGAGAAUUAAAGAUCUAGACGAAGAAACCGUAGGAACUUACCAAUGCUAUGAAACAUUCAAUCCCUUUAAUGUUGUCAGCACGCAUAUCUUACUAGCGGACUAUAAAUCACCAAUGGAAAAUUGUAUCGGAAACUCACUAAAAACUACGGGAGGUGGUCGAACGGACAAGUAUGGACAUAUCGUGAUGGGUACAUUAACGAACACGUCGUUAGAAUGUUCUUCAAAUGUCGGACUCACAUUCAGAUUUUUUAGCAAUAUAUUACCAUCACCUGUUACAAUUGCAGAAUGCGACUUCACGACUGAAUCAUGCAUUAUGUUGCAAACAACGUUUAAAAAUAAAUUCGACGUGUUUUACACUGGUCGCGCAGGAGUGUUGUACAUAGCCAGUUUAGACGACGAAACGAUUGGAGAGUAUAGAUGUUGUGAAACUUUCAACCCAACCAACUUUAUCAGCGUUGACAUUAAUUUACCCUACAGAAAUGAUGUGGUAAACACAACGUAUGGUGUUCCGAAAGCAACCGAGAGUAUUAACGUUUUAGGGAACGGUUUACAGAAAAAUGAAACACAAAACGGCACGAUCAUUAUGGUUGUUGGACUGAUUGCUUUUUUCCUUUUUGGGCUGAUUGCUGUGGUCAUCGGCAUCAAAAUCUUUGUAUUAAUUACUAAUAAGAAAGGUAAAUCAAGCAUUGAUUCUACAACAACUGGACAGGCAGAGACAGAUCAACUUUCGGGGGUGAGAGUGGAGCUAAGUAAUCAGUUCGCUGAACUCAUUGACCCGGUUACACAGAUUGAAACGGAUGGGUACGAUUCCGGCUAUGCUUCUAGCAAGAUUGGAGAACGGAAAGGGCGAAGAAAAAACAAUCGAAAAUUCCAGGUCAGCCUAAGGCGUUUGAAAUCGAUUUAACAUCUCCGCAAAGAAGACGUUAAAAACCUACCAGAUAAUUUCACUGAAAAUAAUUAUUGUAUAUAGCUAACACGCGCUUUAUGUUUCGAGUUCAAGUUGUGUAUUGCAAAGAUGAAGGAUUAUUUAGUGCCCUCAAAGAAACGAUUGCAGCUGAUGCAUGUUAUUAUAGUCAAUGUAAGGAGUUAAGUUUUUGAUGUAUGUUUUUUUUCAAUCAUGAGCCAGAUAAGAUCUUAUUCCACUGAUUCUGUUUUUAAAGCUUAAAGUAUCCAAUUUGUAAAAAAAUGAAUGCAUAAGUAGUUUACAUGACUUAUCUGAGAAAAAUUGUUAUCGCAUAAACACUUAUUCUAAUGUUGAUUAUUUAUAUUAUUUUAUCAAUUGUGAGUAUAUUAUAUAAUAUUCAGCUAAGUGUAUACAUAUAUAAAAUAUAUAUCGAAUUUAGCAUAUAUGUUGACAUGGAAAUGUUGACUGAUUAAUGCGUGUUGAGUUAUGAUUUAAUCCAUAAACCCGCGUAAUGAUGUGAGCAAGACUGCUGUGUGAAAGUACAAAUAUAUCCAAAACGCUGUAAAAUAAUAUUUUUAAUUAUACAAAUUUUAUAUAUUUCAAGUAUUUCUAUAUUCACGUUAAAUAUUGUAUAUCAGUUGUUCUGAUUUGCUUAUGUAAUACCAUUUAAUCAAGUCAUUUCACGACAUUCUCUUUAGUUUGAAAACAUAUGGUAAUGUUACACGUUUAUUAGAAGCUGAUGUACCCUUUUACAUUGAAACAUAUAUACAAUACUUUGUAUUUUUAUUUUUGACGUUGAAACAUAAAUACUUUGUAUCUUUAUAUUUAACAUAUAAAUGCAUGUGUUUUGCGCAAUGGUUUCUCACAUACAGCGUUUCCGUAUUGUUUUAUUAUAAGUGAAAAUUCAAAUAACAAUUCACCAUUUAUAUGCAAAUGAAUAUCUGCUUAACGGCUUUGAGUUGGACCUUUUUUACUUGCAGCUGACUGUACAUCCGUGCAUACAUUGUCCAUCAAUGUUUUCGUAAGCGGGUCUGCACAAAUAUCGUUUUCUGUCUUCUUACAAUAUCUUAAAGAAAAUGUUUAUAUUAAACUUUUCCAUUUUAUUAACUCAUUUUUAUCAAAAUGAUAUGAUAUAAACGUACUUUAAAACA